AGAAAAGUUCUUUGAUGGUCGUCGAAGAAAUCCAUUCCAUGGCAGAAUUUUGGUAGCCGUGGCAAUAGAAGAGAGUUUAAAAAAUUCUUCUUGUCCAGUAUCGAAAUAAUGUCACACAAAUGUUUAGUGGGAUCGAGUUCUUAUAAUGCUAAAAUAGAAAACUACUCGCGAUUCGUGAAAAAAAAAUUACCGCUUGGGGACAUGGUCACUUUAGUGGAAACUUUGUAAUUGUUGGCUAGGUUUUGAAAUAAAUUCACAUACAUGAGUACGUUAGUAGAGGGUCACUAAUAAACAAUUCCUUGAAAUGCUUUCAAAAUCAAAUUAAUUAAAUGUUGUUUGUUAAUUUUUCUACAUUAAUCUUGGUAGAGGGUAACCCAUGGAAUGAUUUCGGAAUAAAACAAACGGUUUAUAAGAGUUUUCUAUUUUUAGCUCUGGUGGCCAUGUUUUACUGAUACAAGCUUGAUAGACAGUCACCCACGAAAUAUUUCUAUAGAAUGGUUUUACAGUUUGGCUAGCAGGUUUCUGACAUAUUGGAAAAAGUGACCUUGUGGAUUUUGAUGUAGCGAUCAUGUACUUUUACGUAUAAGAAUGGUUGAACAAUAUUGUUAUAAUGUCCAAAAAUUGUAUGACAUUUUGUUAACAUGCCGUUUUAUCUUGUCGACAUAAUGUUACAUGCUGUAGGAAUAUAAUCAUAUCUUGUCAAUGGAGAAUCCAUUGAUUUUGCGAAACUGCCGUUUUAUCUUGCCGACAUGAUGUUACAUGAUGUAGGAAUAUAAUCAUAUCUUGUUAAUAGGGAAUCCAUUGAUUUUGCGAAACUGCCGUUUUAUCUUGUCGACAUGAUGUUAAUUGAUGUAGGAAUAUAAUCAUAUCUUGUCAAUGGGGAAUCCAUUGAUUUUGCGAAACUGCCGUUUUAUCUUGUCGACAUGAUGUUACAUGAUGUAGGAAUAUAAUCAUAUCUUGUCAAUAGGGAAUCCAUUGAUUUUGCGAAACUGACGUUAUAUCUUGUCAGCAAGACGUUAUAUAUUGUAAAAAUAUAACCAUACCUUUUCUAGGCCUACAUAAAGUUAUAUCGAGAUUCUGUAGGACAACAUGACGAUAUAUAACUCAGCAACUCGUCAAAAAAUAAGACUACAAGUUGUGAAAAUCUGGUCAUGACGUUAAAAAAGAACUCAACUUGUCGUCUAAAACUAAGACGACAUGUAUUAUAGAACUUGCCAAGAUGUUAAAAAUUAUGUCUACUUGUCGUAUUAAUUAUUGCAUGGGCUUUUUGUUAAAAGAAAAUCAGAAUUUUACGAAUAUUUGUGACGUAUCAUAAAACUAUUCACUUUCUUUAAAAGUCCUAUAUUUCUUAAGCUAUUUGCAUGUUAGAAACACAUACUAUUUAUCAAAAUACAAUAUUCACAUUUUUGUUCAAGAGGCUUUGUUUCAUUCACAUGAUAUCUACAAGUGAAGUGAAAGUAAAACUCCCAGAAUUCUGGCGCAAAAAUUGGCUCAUUGCAGUUUACUGAUGUUAGCUUCUAACAUAAUGUAAUGUUGCAUGUAACAUUUUCAAGGGCGUACUAUUAGGAUGUAAACUAUAAAAUUGUUUUCAAAUUAUUAACUAAAAAAUAAUUUCUUUUCAGUAAUAAAGCCUGAUCGGGCAAUAAAACCUUGAUUGGACCGCUAAGCUGGAUCUUGCCAUGUUACAAGGCUGUUUAAUGUAUACAGCAGUGAGUCAGUCUUACAAUUGUUGUUGAUCAGAUGGUAGGGAUCGCUGACUGGCGUAAAUCUGCCGGGGACUAUGUAUUGCCAUGCAGUAUUCCAAUAACUUUUUUUGAGUGUCAAUAUGUCAAAUGUCAAGGUUGUUGAGGUCUGAAAAUUUAAAUCAUUUCCAUACAUGAUGCAGUAACUUGAGAAUCAUCUGAAAAGGUUUACUGUAGAACAUUUAAACUUAAUAGAUGCGUCAGUCUCAGUCAUCGUGAAACCUCCCAGGCCUGAGCUGGACAUCCCGACCAACUUCCAUUGCCCCGGACACAGAUAUUAUGAAAUUUGAGAAAAAAGAAACAUGGGCAACUUGUAACUGUAUUUAUGAUGGCCUAUGGGUAAUGACUGUCACUAUUUAUCGUAAAAAUACGGGAACCAUCCGGGGAUCUGAGCUUCAGUCUAUAAUUCCAAAUUGUGAGCCAUCUCGCGGCAGAAAUAAACCACCAUACGUAAGGGAAUAAAAUUCCAGAGUCCGACCGAAUACGACACGCAUUGCCUAAUUAAAUACUGUUCCAUCUAGAUGAGUAAAAUUGAAUAGAUUGAUCAGUGAAAGUAAAGUAUAACGGAAAUAAAACACAUGCAAAUUUGACAACUUGUAAACAAUUUCAAGGCAUGUUCUCCAAUUUUUAGUCGGUCACUGCGGUCCGACGAAAAAGCAACCUCCGUCGGGUGCGUCCGUCGGUCAGGCCGUCGGUCCGACGAGGUCUGGAUUUGACUGAAGUCUUGGUCUGUAGAUGAUCCCUGUUCAUAUUAAAGUCUGUGUACCAAUACUCGUACAAUAUAUACAGGGGGAGGAAGUGGGGUGACAUACAAUUUUACCUCAAAAAAUCUUUGCAAUUUCUAUUACCUAAAGCAUAUAUAUAUAUAUUAAUUAAAAAAUAAAUUACACUUUAAUAAGUUCAGUCACUGAGGCCACAAACCAUGGCGCAGUAUAAUUAACUAAUGUCGAAAAGAUUACAUUAUGUAGAUAUGUCGGAUAAAAUUUAGUAGUAAAGCUGUAUUAAUUAUGUAGACAAUACAUCUUAAUAAAUCCCGACAUACCGUGUUAUUUCACACUUAGUCGACAUAAAUACUCGUACAUAAACAAAUCAUCCGGGUGUACCAUAUACGUUUCCAUAUAUACGUUUCCAUACGAAAUGACUAAGAUAUCACAUGUCUACUAAAGUACGGAAGCGCACUAUAAGUGCAAAGCGGUAAUUACUUUUUUUAUUCAUGCGAAAUUGUGGUAUACUUACUUUCUACUCGGAAAUUCGGAAUAUCGACUUUGUAUUAAGACUUCUCAUCCUCAAAAAUUGAACGUCCGUCCGUCUGUCAGACGACGAAAAGGUUUAUGAAUAAAUUUAGUUAUAGCUACUUCUCUUUAAAGACAUUUUACUACCUCUUUUAAAAGAUGAUACACAUGCAGAGUUUCAAACAAGGGUCAGAGCGUAACAUGCAUGUAUCUAAUCAACAAUGCAAAAACAUUCCAGAUAUCGUCAAAAUAACGAAACAUGCUAAAUUCGAACUUGAAUGAUCUGCCUUCACCUCUAGUGAUAUCCCAGGUACCCGAUCAUGUUGGCUACACGUCCAUGUAGGGUAUGCUAUAUCUCGGGUUGAAAACCUUUCAGGCUUAUUCAUUAUGGUAAAGGAGAUCUUUUUUAAAAUGUGAACACUGACAGGUCACCAGUUAUGGUAUCCAGAUCAGAACACAUACAUAAAAGUCCAUAGAUUAAUAGAUGGUAGUUACUUAACCGAAAUUCCGAGUAGCGUAAGUAUAGGAUAUCAAGAUUUUGCGUUGACAAAUAAGACCCACCCGGCAUUAAUGAUCUUCCGUACACAGUGAGAAGUUAGUUAAUGUAGUAAAACAGAUGAUCUUUUAUUUUAUAUUUUCGCAAAAAAGAAAAGAAAAAGAAAAACAAUAAAAGAAAUAAAGUAAAACUCACACGUCACUGCCACCGUACCACCUUUGUGAGGGUAGUUAGAGCUAGUGUGUUUACAUAAUUUUUUGGUAUAUUUUGUAUAACAUUAGAAUGUUUACCUAGUGAUGUUUAGAUCGAAGUCGCCAUAUGACCUAUAAUUGUGUCGGUGCGACGUUAAACAACAACAACAACAAGGCAGUCUGAAAGACAGCUAAAUCCCCCGCCACUGUUAUGGAUGGUGAAAGGGUAAACCUUUGACCUUUAGCUGUGACCUUGACCUUGAACUGAUAUGGCUGACUCAUGAAUUCUGCACAACAUCUUGAUGAGGUGAUCAUUUGACCCAAAAUUCAUGAAAAUCCUUCAAGGGGUUUAGGAGACACAAACUGGAAGGCUCAAACCUUUGACCCUAAGCCGUGACCUUGACCUUGUGCCAGCAUGGCUGACUCGUAAGUUCUGCACAUCGUUUUGAUAAGGUGAUCAUUUGACCCAAGUUUCAUGAAAAUCCUUCAAGGGGUUUAGGAGAUACAGAGCUAAAACCUUUGAUCUUGAGCUGUGACCUUGACCUUGAGUUGACAUGGCUGACUAAUGAACCCUUGAUGAGGUGAUGAUUUGACCCGAGUUUGAUGAACAUCUUUCAAGGGGUUUAGGAGAUACAGAGUGGACACAAAAUGGAAGGCUUAAACCUUUGACCCUAAGCUAUGACCUUGACCUUGAGCCAGCAUGGCUGACUCGUAAGUUCUGCACAUCGUUUUGAUAAGGUGAUCGUUUGACCCAAGUUUUAUAAAAUUCCUUGAAGGGGUUUAGGAGAUACAGAGCGGACACGAAAUGGAAGGCUCAAACCUUUGACCUUGAGUUGUGACCUUGACCUUGAGCCGGUAUGACUGGCUCGUGAGUUCUGCACAUCGCCUUGAUGAGGUGAUUAUUUGACCCAAGUUUGAUGAAAAUCCUUCAAGGGGUUUAGGAGAUAUAGAGCGGACACAAAAUAGAAGGCUCAAACCUUUGACUUUCAGUUGUGACCUUGACCUUGAGCCGGCAUGGCUGACUCAUGAGUUCUGCACAUCGUCAUGAUGAGGUGAUCAUUUUGACCUAAGUUUUAUAAAAUUCCUUCAAGGGGUUUAGGAGAUAUAGAGCGGACACAAAAUGGAGGCUCAAACUUUUGACCUUGAGUUGUGACCUUGACCUUGAGCCGGCAUGGCUGAGUCAUGGGUUCUGCACAUCGUCUUGAUGAGGUGAUCAUUUGACCCAAGUUUCAUGAAAAUCCUUAAAGGGGUUUAGGAGAUAUGGAGCGGACACGAGUGUUACGGACAGACGGACGGAAUGACGGAAGGAUGGAAAGACGGACGGAGACCAUUCCUAUAACCCCCCACCAUUUGUGGCGGUGGAUUAAAAAAUAGAUCUACGUAUUAUUUUUACGUUUAGACUUUGACACUGAUUCAAGUUGUUGAUCAAACCAAGAGUGCAAAGUCGAUCUAAAACUGCUGCAAUAACAGUGAUGAUGCGCCUUCAAAGUCCAAGUACUGUGGCGGAUCAAGAAUUUACAAUCGGUAUUUCUGGGGUAGAUUCGAAGGACAUGCCCUCAGAAAAUGUUUGCAAGUGCACCUCAUAUGGUGCAGUCUGAUGUUUAUUUCCAAGUCAUAAAUUUUCAAAAAGAUGAAUUACCCACCACUUCAACAAUAAUAGAAUCUACAACAUUACUGAUAUAAAGAGAGUAAAAAAAUUUGACACGUAUGUUUGACAAAUACAUGCUCACCGGAUUUUAAUGAAGGCGUGCCAUCCCCUCUCCAUGGAUCCGCCGUUGAAGUGAUUUCAGCAUGUAUUUACAUCAACCCAACAUCACGUCGAGUGCAAUUUCUAUAAAUAGCAAAACAUCGGUUUUCCCGUCGAUCGAUACCGCAUGAUGUUGUAGCGCGUUCGGUCAAAGGUCAAGCAAUCGUAUCAUAUAAAUACAUAACACGUGUUUUUUUUCAUUCAUUACAAAACGGAUUUAAAGAAAGAUUGCAAAAAUGUCACCACGUGCUGGAUUUGAUGAGAAAGGUGCUUCGUUUGAAGGUGACACACCAGUUGACAGCCUCGGUCUGGCACCAACCAUAUCUGAGGACCCGGAACCGGAAACAAACCGACCGCCAGUACAGAUAGUUUGGAGAAAUGUUAUUUUGAUGACAGCGCUUCAUAUUGCGGCUGUAUAUGGACUGUAUAUCGUUCCUCAGGCUAAACUUGCAACCGUAGUUUGGACAUUGAUUCUCUACUGGUUAAGUGGAAUAGGGAUAACUGCUGGUGCUCACAGACUCUGGUCACACAGAUCAUACAAGGCAAAGCUACCAUUGAGGGUCAUUCUCGCUCUGUUAAACUCAAUGGCUUUCCAGAAUGACAUCAUUGAAUGGGCUCGUGACCACAGAGUGCACCACAAAUACUCGGAAACUGAUGCAGAUCCACAUAAUGCCAAGCGCGGGUUCUUCUUUUCCCAUAUCGGUUGGCUGCUUGUAAGGAAACACCCGGAUGUGAAAAGGAAGGGGAAGCAACUCGACAUCUCAGAUCUUCUGGCUGACCCCGUCCUUCGUGUCCAACGAAAAUUUUACCUGCCGUCAGUGGUGCUGCUAUGUUUUGCCAUUCCGUCGAUGGUCCCUGUGUAUUUUUGGGGAGAGAAUCUCAUCACUGCCUUUGUGUUAUGUGGUCUGUUGAAGUACUGUGCUAUAUUGAAUGCCACAUGGUUUGUGAACAGUAUAGCUCAUCUUUGGGGUAUGAGACCCUAUGACGUUCGUAUUAAUCCAGCUGAAAAUAGGAUGGUCGCAACCGUUGCCAUGGGUGAAGGUUUCCAUAACUACCACCAUACGUUUCCUCAGGAUUAUUCCACCGCCGAGUUCAAAUGGUUUCUUAACUUUUCGACAUUAUUUAUUGAUAUUUUUGCAUUUUUCGGACUUGCAUAUGACAGGAAAACUAUGCCUAAACCAUUUAUUGAGAAGCGAAGACAACGGACUGGUGAUAAAAGUGCACUUGCUGGAAGAAAAAUAAAAUGAUUUGAGUUAUUAUUCAUAUUUCUGUUAGGCAUAUAUUGAGUCAACGUUCAGUUAUAAUUUUUGAUUAUUACGUCGUGUUGUGAUGAUUAAAUAUGUUUGCUCAGAAAUGUUUUACUUCAUUUUCUGAAUACAUGUACAUAUAUAUAGAAGGAAAAAGGGUAUUCUUGUUAUGCAAAUAAGUAUACAAUAAGAAAUAAAAGCCGUCAAGACAA